AUGGUCUCUGCCAAGUUCUCUGCUCUUCUCCUCGGCGCUGGCGCUAUUGUGUCGGCCGCCCCUGCUCCGACGCCUACUCAGGCCGCUAAGCUUGAGGACCGCGCCGCGAGCUGCACUUUCUCCGGCGCCAACGGUGCUGCAUCUGCUGUCAAGUCCAAGGCUUCUUGCGCUACCAUUGUCCUGAGCAACGUUGCUGUUCCUUCAGGCACCACUCUCGACUUGACCAAGUUGAACAGUGGAACCACUGUCAUCUUCGAGGGCACCACCUCCUUCGGAUACAAGGAGUGGGAGGGUCCCUUGAUCUCGGUCUCCGGUACCAAGAUCACCGUCAAGGGUGCCAGCGGCCAUGUCAUUGAUGCCAACGGUGCCAAGUGGUGGGACGGAAAGGGCUCCAACGGUGGCAAGACCAAGCCCAAGUUCUUCUACGCACACUCGAUGAAGCAGUCCACCAUCUCCAACCUCAACGUUAAGAACACCCCUGUCCAGGGCUUCUCCAUCAACUCUGCCACCGACCUCGUCCUCGACCACAUCACCAUCGACAACUCGGCUGGUGACAGCGACACUGGCGGCCACAACACUGACGCCUUUGACGUCGGCUCCUCCUCCGGCAUUACCAUUUCCAAUGCCAACAUCAAGAACCAGGAUGACUGCCUCGCCAUCAACUCGGGCACCAACAUCCACUUCGUCGGCGGCACAUGCUCCGGCGGCCACGGUCUCUCCAUCGGCUCCGUCGGCGGCCGCUCCGACAACACCGUCGACGGCGUCGUCAUCGAGAGCAGCACCAUCUCCAACUCCCAGAACGGUGUCCGCAUCAAGACCGUGUACGACGCCACCGGCAAGGUCAACAACGUCACCUACAAGGACAUUACCCUCUCCGGCAUCACCAAGUACGGUAUCGUCCUCGAGCAGGACUACGAGAACGGCUCGCCGACCGGAAACCCCACCACCGGCGUCCCGAUCACCGACCUCACCAUCAACGGUGUCAAGGGCUCCGUCUCGAGCAGCGCUACCCCCGUCUACAUUCUCUGCGGCAAGGGAAGCUGCUCUGGCUGGACCUGGAAGGGUGUUUCCCUCACCGGUGGAAAGAAGAGCACUAAGUGCGCUAACGUGCCUUCCGGUGCUUCCUGCUAG